AUGUUCAAGGUGAGAAUGUGGAGCCGGGUCACAGCUGUCAUUGUCCCCUCUCAGCCUCCAGGAGCUUCCCCACGCUCCCGUGGCGCCUUUUUGGGGACCAGACUCGGUUCCUCGUGAGGCCUUUUUCACCUCCGGGCUAAAUUCUGGCUUGGCGGCGGUUCAUUCAGCGCUCGGUAUCUGCACCUGUGAGGCUGUGGAGUGAAACCCUAGAUUGGUGGGAUCGGCCCUUUGAGCUCUCUCGCGAAUGAAACACUUUGAAAAGUUAAAACGCCUCUAUCGUGCCCACCUCCUCGCCAAUGCCCUUUUGGGGUUGUGAGGAGGAUGAAGCCAGGUGAUUCAGAGAUCUGUGGGGCCAGCCAGCCUGAGCCUGCUCACCUUCAGAGUCUAUGCAGCACCCAAAAAGGACUCGCCUCACAAAAGUUACAUGAAGGUCGAUGAGCUUUCACUCUACUCAGUUCCUGAGGGUCAGUCUAAAUAUGUGGAGGAGCCAAGGACUCAACUUGAAGAAAACAUCUCACAACUCCGACAUCGUUGUGAGCCAUAUACAAGUUUCUGUCAGGAAAUAUACUCCCAUACUAAACCCAAGGUGGAUCACUUUGUCCAGUGGGGAGUAGACAACUAUAACUAUCUUCAAAAUGCGCCUCCUGGAUUUUUCCCAAGACUCGGUGUUAUUGGUUUUGCUGGUUUUGUUGGACUCCUUUUUGCUAGAGGUUCAAAAAUAAAGAAGCUGCUGUAUCCUCCUUUUUUCAUGGGAUUAGGUGCCUCUGUCUAUUACCCACAACAAGCCAUCACCAUUGCCCAGAUCACUGGGGAGAAGUUAUAUGACUGGGGAUUACGAGGCUACAUAGUUGUAGAAGAUUUGUGGAAGCAAAAUUUUCAGAAGCCAGGAAAUGUGAAGAAUUCACCUGGAAAUAAAUAGAAAACUCCAUGCUCUGCCCAUUUUAAUCAGUUAUAGGUAAACAUUGGAAACUCCAGACAGUAAAUCAGUAUUUCUACAGACAAAUGGCGAAAUCAGUAUUGGAUAUAGUAAACUGGCUUUCUUCAGGAAAAACAACACUAAGCCUUUUUGCUCUUUUGGGUGAUGCCAUAUUACAGGCCAACUAAUCUGCAAUCUUUCACAUGGAAAUAAUGUACAAGCCUUAGAACUCCUCAUUCUUAUACCACUAUUUAUGUACAUAAUUAAACUCCAGAUUCCAACCAA